UAGAACUGUCAACAACAAUGAAGUCAUAUUUGAUGUUAACUCUAAUUAUUGUGGUUUUACUGUUUUAUAUUGCCGAAGUGGAAACUACUCCUAGGGUGCCUUUAGCUCCACCACCUGGAACUUGUUUGCCACCUGGAGGUAUUACUUGGAUUAAUUGUACAAGACCUAACGAGUUUUACGAUUGUGGUAGCGCUUGUCAAACCACGUGUAAAACAUUAGGAGCGGUUUGUCCUAUUAUAAACGUACGAUGUAACGACGAUUGUUAUUGUAUAAAGGGAUUCGCAAGGGAUGACAAAAAUAAGUGUAUACCAAUAGAAGACUGUCCGAAACGUCAUCCUUGCGAAGAUCCUUGUAAAAGCUGUUAAAAUGGGAUCAAGUUCUAUAAACGCACUACAUUCAGUAAUAAAAUUUCAGUACUGUUGUUGUUUUUCUUCAGUUUUAAGUUUAUUUAUGAAUAUGCAAAAUGUCAUAAAAAAAUAAAUAACCGAUAGAACUUGAAAAAUACAGGGUGUCCAGAAACUCUACCGACAAACGAAGACAGGAGAUUCCUCAGAUAAUUUUAAGACAAUUUAACCCAAUUCACCUAGUCCGAAAAUGCUUCCUAAGGGAGCUAGAGCUCCUUGAAGAUGGCGCCAUGUAAUUAGUUUUUCUUAAAUACCUCCAGAACGCUUCUAUUUAGAAAAACGAAAAUUGGUAUGCCCAUUUACUUUCCAGAAAUGAAUCGAUUCCAUCUAUUGCGAAUUUCUAGUACCGGUCAUAGGCGUCCGUUUUGGGUAGGGCAACGGUUAUUUUAUCGCCUAACUUUUUUGUCUUUAAUUUUUAAGCAUUUUUGACUCUGAAUUAUUAAAUUGUUAGAUAUUCUAGUACUAAAAGGUGCUCAUACUUUAAGUCGAUAGGAUACACCGUUUUCUAGAAAAAUCGAUUGGAAAAUUUUUCGUUCUUUGAAUGUCAAAAAAAAGAUUUAAAAAAUCUAUUUAGAAAGGUAAAAACUGGUACAUUUAUUUAUUUUCCAGAGAUUAAUCGAUUUCAUUAAUGGCGAAUUUCUACUACCGGUCAUAGGCGUACGUUUUGGGUAGAUCAACAGUUAUUUUAUAGCAUAAUUUUAUUGUCUUUAAUUUUUAAGUAUUUUUGACACUAGAUUAUUCAAUUAUGAGUUAUUCGAAUACUAAAAGUUACUCUUGCUUUAAGUUGGUAAAAAACAUUUUUUUUAUUUCUUUCAAUUUUUUUUUUCAAAUUCCCAAAACUAAAAACUUUCAAAUUGAUUUUUCUAGAAAACGGUGUGUCCUACCGACUUAAAGUAAGAGUACCUUUUAGUACUAGAAUACUUCGCAAUUUAAUAAUCCAGUAUCAAAAAUGCUUAAAAGUUAAAGACAAAAAGUUAUGCGAUAAAAUAACCGUCGCCGUACCUAAAACGGACGCCUAUGACUGGUACUAGAAAUUCGCAAUAGAUGGAAUCGAUUCAUUACUGAAAAGUAAACAUGUAUAUAAAUUUUCGUUUUUCUAAAUAGAAGCGUUCUGGAGGUAUUUAAGAAAAACUAAUUACAUGGCGCCAUCUUCAAAGAGCUCUAGCUCCCUUAGGAAGCAUUUUCGGACAAGGUGAAUUGGGUUAAAUUGUCUUAAAAUUAUCUGAGAAAUCUCCUGUCUUCAUUUGUCGGUAGAGUUUCUGGACACCCUG